GCGGACUGGCUCCAUGUGCGAGCCGGGGCCGGGGCCUGGCCCGGGCCCGGGCGCGCCGGAAUUCCGCUUCGGCGCGGGGCCGGGGCUGGGGCCGGGGCUGGCGGUGCGCGUCCCCCAGGUCCUGGAUUCCCAGUAUGGCAUGUAUGUUUGGCCGUGUGCCGUGGUCCUUGCUCAGUACCUGUGGUUUCACAGAAGAAAGCUACCUGGCAAGAGAGUUUUGGAGAUUGGAGCCGGUGUGAGUUUACCUGGUAUAGUAGCAGCUAAAUGUGGUGCAGAAGUAAUACUAUCAGAUAGCGAAGAACUACCUCAGUGCUUGGAAAACUGUUGGCAAAGCUGUCGUAUGAAUAACCUUCAUGGGGUACGUGUUCUAGGACUCACCUGGGGUCAGAUUUCUCCAAAUCUGCUCUUUUUGCCUCCAGUAGACAUUAUUCUGGGAUCCGAUGUGUUUUUUGAACCAGAAGAUUUUGAAGAUGUUAUAACUACAGUAUACUACUUGAUGGAACGGAAUCCGUGUGCUCAGUUCUGGACAACCUAUCAGGUCCGAAGUGGUGACUGGUCUAUUGAAGCUUUACUCUACAAAUGGGAAUUGAAAGCCAUCCAUGUUCCAUUAUGGUCUUUCAGUGCUGACAAGGAGCAGUUAGCUGGCUCUUCGCUUCCAGGAAGACACACAGUUGAAAUGAUGAUCAUCUCACCAGCAAGAGUUAACUAUUCUUGAAGUUAUGCAGUUAAUAACUUCUUAUAAGACUGAUUGUACCAAAAUUUGGGGGGGAAAGAAAGAAAAAAAAAUACUCUCCCCAUCUCAACAGCAACCACCACAUACAUUUUGGAAA